AUGCCGCCCUCGGACAUCCGGGUGCGCUCCGGCCGACUGAGGCUCUGCGUAACGCUGGAGAGGCCUACUGGCCUCUCGACCCCCGCAGGCGACAGCUCUCGCCAAAGGGAAGAACACUGUGCCCCACAAAAAGUGGAACCAUCCCUGGGUGACUCUCCGGAGGAACCCUUCUGGUGGGGGGUAAACUUGCUAGCUGACACGACGCCUGGGGAAGAAGGCAUGACAGGUGAGAAAUGUGUGGACUGCAGCUUGGUAAUGACGGAGGCCCUGGGUCAGCCAUUUCGACUGAGGUUCCCAAAGAGAGCAUCCCGGCUGCCCGAGGAAGGAAUUCUAAAUGGUGGGCACCAUAAGAGCAGCAUCCCAAAGGCCGUGCACAGGCUGGAGAGGCCGCCUCCGCUCCUGACGGCACCUCCCCUAUCUGGCCCUUUCAGGGACACCCCGGAUGCGGUGGAGCCGAUCGCCAGCCUGCCUGGCCAAGCUCGAUAUGGUGUCAAGAAGCUGGAGGAGCUGCUGGCCCCGCUGGUGGGCGACGGGCUGAAGUGCGUGCUGAUAUUUGGCGUCCCAAGCCGGGCCACGAAGGACGAGCGUGGCUCUGCAGCCGAUGCCAAGGACACGCCCGUUAUCCAGGCCAUACAGACAAUCCGCUCUUUGUUCCCCGGGCUGCUGAUUGCGUGUGAUGUCUGCCUGUGCCCUUACACCUCGCAUGGGCACUGUGGCCUCCUCCGGCAAGACGGUACCCUCCAGAAUGAGGUGAGCUGCCAGAGGCUCGCUGAGGUGGCCCUGGCCUACGCCAAGGCAGGCUGCCACAUCGUGGCCCCCUCAGAUAUGAUGGACGGGCGCAUCCGUGCGAUCAAGGAGGCCUUGCUUGCGAAUGACCUGGGCAAUAAGGUGUCAGUCCUGAGCUACAGCGCCAAAUUUGCGUCCUGCUUCUACGGCCCUUUCAGAGACGCGGCCUUGUCCAAGCCCGCCUUCGGGGACCGGCGGUGUUACCAGCUUCCUCCGGGAUCUCGAGGGUUGGCUCUGCGGGCAGCGGACCGGGAUGUGCAGGAGGGGGCGGACGUGCUGAUGGUAAAGCCUGGGAUGCCCUACCUUGACCUCGUGCGGGAAGUGAAGGACAAACAUCCCAGCCACCCCCUGGCUGUCUACCAUGUCUCCGGAGAGUUCGCCAUGCUGUGGCAUGGAGCGCAGGCCGGGGCCUUUGACCUGAAGGCGGCAGUGAUGGAGGCCAUGGCCGGGUUCAGGAGAGCAGGAGCAGAUAUCAUCAUCACCUACUACGUGCCUCAGCUGCUGCAGUGGCUGAAAGAAGAGCAGGUGUGAAGGCGGCCCCCUUUCCUUGCUGCCCAGAUGGAAACGCGGAACAAGUUGGAAAAGACCGGGGGGGCUGAAGGCGGGAACCUAGGGACUCUUUUCCAGCUUUGGAAGAUUUUGCUUCAAGCUUCGCACAGCACUCCCUUAAAAGCCCCUGAUAAAUUAAAGGAAUUUGGCCACUUCAAGUGAUGCUGUAACAGAA